GAGCUUUCAGGGGUCCAGCUCAAAUAUCCAGUUUAUCCCACCCAUAAGAACCAAGAACUAGGUACCCAUUUAUCGCCAACUCUCAUCCCCAAGACCUACAUAUACCCAUCGCCAAUGCCCUCCAACAACCGCAAAUGCCACCAACCAUCCUCCCAUCCCUCUUCGAAACCCUCUCCUUCUACCUAAUCCCAACCUCAGAAUGGAGCCCCUUCUGGUAUAAUCUAUAUGACGGGCUAGGAACCUGCAUAAUUGUGUGGAUCCAGCUUUACUUCUUUGGCAUGUCGACUGAUAUCACCAUCCAACUUGUCGGAUUUAUCACCAUGCAUCUUGUUACGUUCCCUAUUGUAGCUUGGCAUGCUUACUAUGGUGAUGGUUGGACGGAGGAAGCGGUGGAUACGUGUUUGGGGAUUGUUCCUGUCUUGGUUCUGGAUGUGAUUACUGUUUGGUUGGUGUAUUGGAGGGGGAGGUGGGUAUUAUGUAUGUGAAUGGAUUGUUUCAUGUUUUGGGUUGGAUUUGUUUAUAAGAUGCUAUGUUUUAUCUAUGUGGUUGGGGAACUGACAUGUUGAUAGAUGAGGAGUUGGGAGCGAAGGGAUUGAUUGGUUUCCAGUCCAACCCGCAAAUGGAAUCGAUCAAGGAAAUUACAUG